AUGGUUCAUAUCCCAGGCGAGAUCAUCCUGAACAUUCUGACCGACGAAUGCAUCAGUAAGCCGGACCUCAAAAAUCUCCGUCUCGCUUCGAAAUGGAUUUCUACAUUCGCUACCGGCCUCUUAUUCUCCAGGAUAUACAUUUCGAAGCUCAAAUCUGACCGCGAAUCCUUCUUCAACAUCGCGGCCCGACCGCAUCUUGCAGAGGCUGUCCAGACUGUGACAUGGCUGGAGAUGUUGGAAGAUGAGACCUCAUUCACACACGUUAAACCAGGUUCGGAGGACCAAGACGUCGUUGAUGUCAACUUAUUUUCUCUUUUGCGACCCUUGGCGCGUGCAUUGUUCUGGCUGCCAUUCGAGGAGCACCUUGACGAGAGAAAGAGCACAACAAUGCGAAAUAUACGAAAGACGGAGAGACAGAGAGCUGAAGCAAUCCAGACUUUUACACCAAACUUCUUCGCCGCGCUCGACAAUAUGCCCAAGCUAAGAGAACUCACCUCUCAGCCAAUGCCUCCCGGGCGUGAAUUCGUCAAGCCAUUUGGACUAUCGCCAUCACAGUAUCCAUUCACGUGUCAGAUGUUUCUUCGAGCCAUGGGGGAGAGAGGCCUCCAGCGUAAUGAUGGAUUUUGCACCUUUCUGAUUCCAUACAUAGCCCAUAGGGCUGAUCUACCUACUCUCGAGCCCAUCACAAGGCUCCGUCUUGUCGACGAAUCCAAUUGGACAUGCACUGGGAGAUUUGAUGGAACUUUUAUCAAAAGCUUUGACAAUCUGACGCACCUAGAUCUUUGCGUCUCUAAUUUCCAUAAGGCCAGCCAAUUUGUGUGGCUGGGCCAAUGCCUCAAAGCAGCAACGCCACUUGAGGAAGUCCGGUUAUGUUUCGAACGUUCUCGAAUAUGUUCUGGCCAUACGUGGAAUUUCUUCCCCUAUCUUUUCCCAGAUGAUGGCAGAUAUUCCAGUCUCCGCACUUUGAUACUGGUAGAAAUGCCCUCAACGCGUGCAGUGUUUCAUCUCAUCAAAAAAGUGGCUAGUUCGCUGAAAAUACUUAGAUAUGAGAACACUCUUGUUACCGUUGAGCUACUGCAAAUGUUGUCAAAGGUACCCGAGUUACGGCUCGAGCAA